CUCGAUGACCUUGCCCAGGCGGGGUGUGAAACGUCUUCAGGUGGGGGCUGCUUGUCAGCAGACGGCAGGGGGACCACUGCAUAUGGGGCAAGGAAGGAGCCUCGGAGGCGAUUAAAAACUUCUUGUAGCAUGGCUUGGAAAAAGUUGAUUCUUGUCGGACCGAUGGAAGUGAAUGUCUGGACGGCCGACUCCAAUGGCCUUACCGAGAUGUGCGGGGUGAUUCCCGAGAUUAACGGACAAGCGCCGCGAAACAAGAUGGCGCGAUGGUUGUCACCUCCUGUCUACUCUAGUGGUCCGGAAAUGCCUAUAGAAGUAAGGGGUGGGGAAUCUGUUGUUCUCCCGGAGGAAGGGACGUGGACCGACCUAGAACCAGCCUAUGAAACCGUGAUGCUGGACGAGAAGGACGCGUUCCUCUGGAUAGAGAUAAUCUGGACUAAGGUCAGCCUGACGAGACUCUCACCUAGCUUGAUGGAUCUAGAAUUCCGGGGAACAUUGGAAGCUCGAGGAUGGGUCUAUCUGUCGCAGGAAUUGGAAAAUGCAAUGGUAGUGGGACUAGUAUUGGGCACGGCACCGGAUCGGCUGUUUAGGCAAGUGGAACAGGGGGUGGUAUGGGCAGCGUGUCAGCGGGCAGAAAUGGAGAUGGAAAGGAUGGAGGUGCGAGUGGAACUCGAGGACCGGGAGAAAAUGAGACGACCUCUUAGGACAAUGAGCACGAGUCAGGAGAUCAAAGGCGAAUGUGCGAUGGCGCGAAGAAGGACGUUCCUCGAGGAACGCCCCUUGGGCAUUGAACCGCCUAGAGAAGUACCGGGUGGGAAAGAGGUUAGCUUGCCGGCGGCAAAUGAAGGCUGGCACCAGGUGGCAGAUUGGGUCGGGGUCGAGCUUGCGGAAAAUAUGGUUUACUUGGUGACGAAAGUUGAGUGGCGUGCGAAUGAGAAUGGGGAAUGGAACCCGGACCUGCAGGGGCAUGUGAGUGCAGAAGGACGACUGUAUAUGUCAGAGGAUGGGUGGAGGGAGUUCGGAGUUCGGCUGGCGUCAGGAGAAGACCCGUUGAGCAUGUUUGAAGGGGCAUGGCAGUUUGUGUGGCGAGCGGGGUUUGAGUUCGCGGACCCAGGGAUGGAUGAUGUAACAGCAAACCUUAGGGUAGCCAUGGUCGGGAGCUUUGAAUUGCCCAGUGAAAAUGUACGAAUGAGGUUGCCGCCCUUUCUGCUGGAAAGGUUGGGCGGUCUGGGACUUGUUAGACAAGCGGUAGCCGACCUCGCAAGCCUGACAUAUGAAGAUGCGAUGGUACAUCGAGAAUACUAUCGGGCUUUCCUAGAAAUGGGCCCGUUCAGUGGAGAGCAGAAGUAUGAGGUGUUGCGCAUCCUACAUGCUGUGUUUAGCACCAGGCCGAGGGCUCCGAUCGCGGGAAGUGAGGUCCUGUGGGGUGUCAUCCGACGGGAAAUAAGUCAGGGGAUGGUGUACGUGGAUGAUCUGUACCGAUUGCUAGGUAAAGGAAUGGCGACUGAAGAAGGGAUCAAUGACCAGCAGAGCGGAGGGAAUCAGGGCACGAAUGGGGAUGGGGAGCGAAACGAGGGAUCAGCCAGGGAUCGAGAGUCAACCAAACUGGAAGAAACCCGAGAAGACGGGAAGGACCUCUCAACUGGAGAAAGUUUGGGGAAAGCUGGGGGUAGUAAAAGGGGACCUCAGGAAAACAGGGAAGGGGGAAACGAUGUGAAAACAAGCCCUCAGAACUCAGCAGGAACCACCCCUAAAAAGACGAAAGUCUUGGAUACCCGUCGUAAAUUGGCAGAGAUACAAAAGCGGACUGCAGAAUUUAAGGCAAGGCUUAUCGAGCAGAUGAUGGCUGGGGAUGAGGAGGACCCCCAGGACGCAGGGUCACGUGAAGGGCGCAGGAUCGGUCAGGACGAGGCCAGGUAUGAAGGAAAGCAUAAUAGUCACAAGGGAACGCCUAAUAAGAAGGGGAAGGACAAGGACGACCCCCCGACGGAAGGGAUGGAAAACGCUAUGACCCCACCCGCCAUCGACAGCGGCACUAGCAGACUGCCCGCCACGCCGAAAGCAACAGGGGCAUGUGACGGACUCUGGAGCCUUAGGGAAAGAGUGCUAGGAUGGUUUGACCCAGAAGGAACGCCAAAAGCCAGGGAGAAGCAGAGGGAAAGCAAGGAAGGGGAAGGGACCAGUGCAACCGGAGAAGCGGGUGCCUGUGAAGAUGGUCUCAAGAGGGUAGUCACUACCCUCACCCGGACACUAAACAAGAACCAGGGGUAUCUCGCAAAUGCAAAGAGGAAACUCACGUUCGAUGGGGCCAACAUUACGGAGUUUCUAAUAGACUAUGAGAACCUAGCAGCCUUACUGAAAUGGACGGAAGAGGAAAAGAUGGAGCACCUAGGGCAGCACGUGUCGCUAAGCUUGGGAAGGGACAUUAUGGCCAUCGUCGCCUCCAGUGGAUCCUGGAAAGAAACCAGGAAUGACAUAAUGAGGAAAUACCUGAAGGCAGAGAAAAUGGCAACAGAGGCCGAAUUAGCUGCAGUCCAGAGGAAAAACUAUGCGACUUACAACGAUUUCCUAAGGGCGUUCACGUUAGUGGCUCUGCGAAUUCCCGGGGUAACGAACCGCAUAAUGAGUAAAUACUUCCUCAGGCAGUUCUCCGAGUUUGAUAAAGAUAAGAUUUUGUCAGCAUACCAGCAGACCAGUAAGUUCGAAUACAUGAGAGAUGUGGACUUCAGCACCGUAACAGACCUUGCGGAAAAGACAGUGGUUACCGGGACGCUAGCCCUGCUUAAGGAAGGGGAGGUCAUAGAUCUGACCGGGAAGACGGGGGAUAAGGUCAAGAAGGGGAUAGAGAGCCUGCACAAACAGGCGCAAGUGUCCAAACCAGCCCUCCCGCCCCAAGAGGCCGUGGUUCCGGCAGCUGUAGCAAACCGGGGGUUUGGCAGGAGGGAUCCGGCCAACGAACAAUGCAAGUAUUGCACCAUGAUCGGGCACUUCGUACGGGCCUGUCCGAGACUUAAUCACGAUAUCGAGCGGCAGAGGUGCAGUAGGUCCCUCAAAGGCGAGAUCCUCGGACCCAGGGGGGAGCGUGUCAAUUGGAACUCGCCAGGAGGGAUGCGGCGAGCCGUCAUCCUCCUGAAUAACUUAGAGAUAGCUGCCGUAGAAGUUGAGCCGAUAGCCGAGAUUGUCUGGGACCAGCCAAAAGGCAGUGUGCGAAAGUAUAAACCCGUAGGCAAGAAGGCCAAGCCGGUCUCGAUCCUAGUAGAAACGUCGAAGGAAGAGGCCAUGGAGAAAGAGGAGGAAAUCUUGCGGGUAAUAAGGGAGAGGCGAGCAAUGGAAGGGCAUCGCAUAUCAGAUGAGGUAGCAGAUACCAUGAAAAUAGGAGUGGAAGGAUUCCUAACACCGGAAGAAACACGGUACUCGCAGUUCAAGAAGGAAGUCUUAGCAAUCCUAUAUUGCCUUAAGACCUUCCAUGCAUACCUGUUUGGGAGGCGAUUUAUCCUAAGGAUCGAUCCCAUCAACGUUGUCGGGGCCCUAAAGAACUACAAGCCUAUAGAUCCGACCGUUGGCAGAUGGAUAGGCUUCAUAUGGCAAUUUGAUUAUAAGGUCGAGCGGAUUGCGGGGCUUCGAAACAGGGCAGAUGGCCUGAGCAGGGUAUGUAUCACGCCCGAAGGAAUAGAGGAUGCGGAACCAAUCGACGCUUUCCUGGAGUAUGAAGGAGGGACCCUUGUGGUGGAUAAUGAGAUGGCAGAUCCAACAAUUACAACAGGUCAGUUGUUGAUUCAGACCUCGGAAAAAGGCGCGCCUCCAGUAGUUGCAGAACUCAGGGAAGGACCAGCCACCACGGUCAGGCGUAAAGAGGAGAAGGACUCGUGGGGAGCAGAAGUAGGGGCGAGGGAAGAGCUGAUGGCGAUGGCCGUGGAAGGGGGACGGGAUGUCGUAAUGACGUUGGCCGAAACUUGGGCGCAGAAGGAGUGUCAGUACCUAGUCAACCUCACUCGGGAGGAGCAAGGAAUGGCAGGCAUGGUCGCAACGUACUGUCAGACGUGUCUGAUAUGUCAAGAAAGGAGUGUCGUACGAGUUUACGAGCCCCUUAGACCCACCCGGGUACUGGGACCCGGACACCUUGUUCACCUCGACCUUGCCGUUAUGCCCAUAUCAACGGAUGGGUUUAGAUACAUCUUGGAUGCAAGGGAUAAUCUCAGUGGCUAUGUAGAAGCCGUAGCCCUCAAGAAGAAGACGGGGAAAGUAGUGGCCGACUGGGUGGAAGAUUUCUACCUAAGGCACCCCUUCGUGCGCAAGUUUAUAGCAGACAAUGGGACAAAAUUCUUUAACCAGGAGGUGUUGAACAGGCUUAAGACACUGUGUGUACCGAUCAAGAUCACCGAGCCCUACCAUCCUGAGGCAAAUGCACCAGUAGAAAGGGGUCACCGGACUUUGAAAAACACAAUCGCAAAGUUGGCAGCAGAUAAUUUAGGAAGUUGGCCACGGUUUCUCAAGCAGGCAGUCUUCGCCGAGAACAUGACUCCAAAAAGAACAACGGGAUGUAUUCCAGCAGAACUCUGGUAUGGAAGGGAGAUCGAUUUUUCGAUAGAAGCUUUGGUCCCUACCUGGAACAGGCUAGAUGACGACCCACACUUGAGCACGGAAGAGUUAAUCACCGCACGUUGUCUGCAGGUCGCGAGAAAUGAGGAGGCACUCGAGGAAGUAGUCAAUCGUGUGACGGAUAGCCGAAUGAGGGAUAAAGCAAGAUGGGACCAGGUCAAGAACAUUCGGAAGGAGCCACUCCAAGUGGGGGAAAAGGUGCUAGUUAGGAACUCGGCUCUUGAAAGCACAUGGCCGGAAGAGGGACAUUUGUCAAGGCAAGCUGGAGAGUCAAGCUCCAGGAAAAGGAAGUUGUAUGUGGGGUUCGAUCACAACCUAGUUGUGAACAGGGGGGGCAGAAAGCAAGGAACCAGGGGGCCAUCGCCACUAAGGGAAGGGGAGCUAAUAGUCCUCCCAUCAGAAAGUGACACCAGCAGUGAGGAAGAAAGGAACCCAGGGAAAAGGCCAAGGUUGGAGGAGGACGUGCCCGUGGAGUUUAUCGACCUCACCAGCGACGAGGAGGAAGAUGAGGUAACAACGCCCACAAGGGAAGAACGGGGAAGAGGGGAGCAGCCGGGUGAGAAAAAGGACAAAUGGAUAGAAGAGUUCGGACCUGAGUUCAACGAUUGGUUUGAUCAAUGGGGCACUAUCUUGCGAUAUCAGUGGAUUAUGCAGGCAAGGGAAAAGUUGGGCAGGGGAGAGGAUCUAUCCCCAACAACCUUCUUCACUGAACGGACACUCCUCUAGUUCCAAGGAAUAAAGAGGCAAAUGGAGCAGGAAAUGGAGGAUCGCGCAAGGAGGGAGGCUCAACGCAGGCCACCUGGACGAUAGAGGCACAACAGUCGUAAUGAGGAAUAGCUAGGAGUUGGGAGGGUUUGGUCCCUGGGCAGUCAGAGCUGCCAUUUUGGACUUCGCAUUUGAACUUUUUUCGUGAAUGAAUUUUCUAAGCUCGA